AUUGCUUCUUCUAUAACUAACAAGUAGUAUUUAUUAACUUCCUCAAUGGCUGCUCAAACCCAAGUCCAAAUUACCAUUCCUAAAGACCAUAAUGGCCAAAAGCAAGCCCCUGAGGAGGAUUUUGAUUACUCUCAAAGAUCACAGUGGGUUCGAGCAGCUGUUUUAGGAGCCAAUGAUGGAUUAGUCUCAAUUGCAUCCUUGAUGAUGGGUGUUGGAGCUGUCCAAAAAGACGUAAAAGCCAUGAUACUUACUGGAUUUGCAGGGCUAAUUGCCGGUGCUUGUAGCAUGGCCAUAGGAGAGUUUGUCUCUGUGUACUCUCAACUAGACAUAGAGCGAGCUCAAAUGAAGAGAAACAAAACAACAGAAGGACAGAACCAAGAAUGCAAAGAAGGUGAUAAGGAACAACUGCCGAAGCCAUUUCAGGCAGCUGUAGCCUCGGCUAUUGCGUUUUCAUUGGGUGCCAUUGUUCCAAUUCUUGCUGCUGCAUUUAUAGCAAACCAUAAGGUGAGGCUAGCUGUGAUUGUGGCGGCAGCAAGCUUAGCAUUGUUAGCAUUUGGGGGAAUUGGUGCUUUCUUUGGUAGAAGUCCCAUGGUGAAAUCUUGUGCCAGAGUUUUAAUUGGUGGCUGGAUGGCUAUGGCCAUUACCUUUGGGCUCACCAAAUUGAUUGGCUCUACUACUGGCAUGGAGUUGUGACCAGAACUCUAUGUUCCUUCUCAUUUUCCUAGUUCAGAAUCAUCUGCUUAAGAAAUCGCUGUUGCAUCAUGCAUGACCAAUUAAAUUUCCGUUUCUGGAAUGAUUCAGGAGUAAACGCUUAAAGAAUGAUAUUGAAUUGUCAUUUAAGUAUA